GACAUUACGCGCGAGAGGUGGCCACAGGCAAACGUCAGUUUUGACCUCUGUGGACAAAUUUCUGUGAUUAUCAGCUUGGUGAGUAUGCAUCAAUGAAGCAUGUGACUGCGUUUGACUCUCUCCAAACGGGGUUGAUGAAGCCCUUAGCGGUGUCAUGCGUCUUGCCCCGCAGCCAAGUGCGCAAUCCUUGCGGCUCAUAGUUCUGUUCAUCCUCGCCACGGGGGUGACCACAUCCCCGGUGUUGUCUUCAGGCUGCCCAGACCGCUGUGUGUGUGAUGACCAGCUGGUGGUUCAAUGUGCCGGACAACACCUGACCACCUUCCCUGUCAACUUGCCCCUGGCCACACGACAGCUCAUCAUCUCUAACAACCGCAUCGUGGAGCUGCCGCCGCUGGCGCUCAACUACCUCUCCGAUCUGGUGUACCUGGAUUGCAGCAACAAUUCCCUAACGGAGAUCUCCGAGUCUACCUUCGGGAACCUGCGGAAGCUUGCCUACCUGGACCUUUCCUUCAACACUUUGACCCGCAUCGAGGACAGGACUUUUGGCCCCUUGGCGAGCCUGGUGAUGCUGAGGAUGACGGACAACCCGGGGCUCUCGGAGAUUCACCAGGACGCUUUUGCGGAGAACGCGGCCCUUCAAGUGCUGGAUGUGAGCCGGAACAACCUGACGGUGCUCAACAUCACCUCCCUGAUCGCGCUGCCAGCCCUGCGCUCGGUGGGGCUCAGCGGGAACCCCUGGAGCUGCGAGUGCGACAACGAGGACCUGUGCCUGUGGGUGCAUCUGGAGGGCUUCAAGUUUCAAGAUGAAGGCCAGACGGUGUGUGGCUCGCCUGCUGACAUGCAGAGCCGUCGCCUGGGUGAGGUGGGCCUCCAGCUACGGACGUUGUGCCACCAGAGCCUGGGCUCCUGGGACUACCUUUUCUUCAUCGUCAUCGGCUUUGUCAUCUUUGCUGCCGGCACCGUGUCUGCCUGGGUAAUGGGCGUUAUCAUGGUGCUCUACGAGCGCUACAUAAAGAAAAAAGACGAACAGCUCGAUCCAGAUGACGAGGGGGAGAGUGGCGGGAUGGCUCGAAACACGGGGGCCGGGAGUAACCAUGGCAACGGGAAUUUGAAAAACUCACAUACUGUUUGAUUGAUUGGUUCCACCCUGGCUGCCGUGCAAUCCCCUUAGCCAUAGUGCCUCUGCUGAACUUUGAGGACUGUCUGUGAAGUCUGUAGUGAACCUCCAAUCAAACUGAGUUUCUGAAAGGGAAAAGAGAGGAUUAACAAGGGACUCUGUAUGGUUGUCACUGAGGGUGAGAUGGACCAUUCUAGUGGGAAUGUCAUGAUACUCAACUGUAGGAGGCUUUCAGGUGGCUGUCGGCACAGUCUGGCUGCCAUAGUGGAGAUCCUCAGCUCUUAGGACAGAUUGGCUGUGUGCAGUACAACUUGGCAGUCUCAGCAAAAUCAGAUAGAGAGGGAUAAUAUCUGUGCUGUUUUGGACAGGAGUCGAUCAUCCCUGCCAAGCUUGUUAUGCUGGUGAUCAGCUAUAUAACAGAUCUUGAGAAGGGUCAUAUGUUCACCAAACAUUCUCAAAAUAAAUCAAUGCAGUAAUAAUAUUGUGUGUGCGGUAAGUCUGUACUUUUUUAGAUCAGCUAUAUGACCAUAUGUGCUGGUUCAGCUGAUUUACCGGCUAUGUUUAUAUUUGGAGCACAUGCUGAUCUUUGCUGGUCUACCAGCAUCCGUGGUAUCGUUUACCACCUUAACCAGGAUCAGGUCAUCACUGUCCAGCCAAGACCAGCAAAAAAACACAAGUGGCCAUUAAAUACCGGCUCAGACCAUCGAUCAGAUUUAGCUGAGCUAGACUUUUCUUUUCCAGUUAUUUUGCCACUAAAAGACCAGAGUGAUUUUAUCUCGCAAUAAUGUCUGUCUAAUGUCUGUCUAAUAAUGUAAGUAUCUGGACAGCUAACCAUUACUGUCUUGCUGUAAACAGAUCAGAUUUGCACGGGGCCCACUCUAUGUUGUUGGGGCCUUGUGCUUCCUCAGCGCAGUUUAUUCAAACUGGAAACAGCUCAUGUUCACUAAUCCUAUGGUCCUUCAUCAAAAUAAUAUUAUUAUGAAUAAUAAUUAUGAUGAUAACAACAACAAUAAUGCUCAUAAUAAUGAUAAUAAUAACAAUAUUCAUACAUCUGGUAAUCAUUCUGACAUGUAGUACAUGUCCAGUAAAUAAUACCUAA